CGACGCUUCGACGUUUCUAGAUAUAGACCAUAGAGACGAGGCUGUAGAGCGGCCCACCGAGUCACGCUUCUCCUGGCAACUUUUGCCCAAAGGGAGGGAGUUUGCCCUUUGGUGUCAAAACGGUGUCAAAACGGGUUAUUUCUGCAGUGUGCAUACACUUCCAGAUGGGAUACUUGAAGCUUUUGGUUGUGGAGAAUUUCAAAUCGUGGCGAGGGAAGCAACGCAUUGGGCCAUUCAAGAAAUUCACUUGCGUCAUUGGUCCCAAUGGUUCAGGGAAAUCAAAUGUAAUGGAUGCCCUUAGUUUUGUAAUGGGUGAGAAGAUAUCUAAUUUAAGAGUGAAACACAUUCAAGAGCUGAUCUAUGGGGCACAUGUUGGAAAACCUGUUUCAUCGACUGGAAGUGUAAGAAUGGUGUAUAGCGAGGCGAAUGGGGAAGAGAAAACAUUUUCAAGAACUAUUCGAGGCAAUGGAUCAGAAUUUCGUAUCAAUGACUCUGUGGUCAGCCGAUCUGUGUAUACAAAAGAACUUGGAGAAAUUGGCAUAAUUACUAGAGCAAGGAAUUGCCUGGUUUUUCAGGGUGAAGUUGAAACAAUUGCAAUGAAGAAACCAAAGGAGAGAACUCAGCUCUUUGAGCAAAUUAGUAAUUCAGGGGAGCUUGCUGCUGAAUAUGCAGAAAAUAAGAAGAAAAUGCAACGAGCAGAGGAAGAUGCACAGUUCAGUUACAACAAGAAAAAAAAUGUUGCAGCUGAGCGCAAACGUGCAAAAUUAGAGAAAGAAGAGGCAGAACGUUACCAGAUGCUCUUUGAAGAGUUGAAAGAAAAGAAGAGUCAGCUGCAGCUUUUUCAGCUAUAUCACAAUAAACGAAAAAUUGACGUCCUUAAUAAUAAAUUGUCAGCAAAAAAUAAAAAUAUUGAUGCUAAGAAAAAGGAUGUGUGUCAUGCUGAAGAUACAGUGAAAGCUAAGAAAAAGGACCUUGGGAUGUUAAAUAGAAACAAUCAAUAUAUUGAAAAAGAAAUAAAGCCUCUGGAAGUUAUGUUGAAGCAAAAGAGACCUCAGUAUAUUAAAGCAAAGGAAAGAACCACUUACCAAAUUAAAAAAGUAGAUAUUGCUAAGAAAGUACUAGGAAAUCAUAUGAAAGAGCAAGCUAAACAAGAAGAUAACAAGAAUGAACUGCAGGAUGAACUAAAUGACAUUGAUAGAGCACAGAAAAUGUUUGAAGAAAAGAUUGCAGAGGAGAGACUCCAUGGAAUGAGAGAUGUUUUGCUGGAAGAGAAUCAGAUAAAUAAAUAUAAGGAGUUGAAGGAACUGGUAAGAAAAAGAGUAGCUAUAUUGACUCAACAACUGGAAAAAUUGCAAUGGGAGCAAAAGGCAGAUCGAGAAAAGAUAUCAUUUGAUCAGCGGAGACAAAAAGAAACUGAGGAAAAUAUAAAACAAAUUAGGGAACAGAUAGAAGAUCACGAAAAACGGAUAGAGAUGCUGAUGGAAUACAGUAGGACGUGCACUGAAUCAUUAGCAGAAAAAAAACAGGAAGAAGAAGUGCUGACAAAUCAAAUAGAAAGUUCAAAAAGACGGAUUGUCGAAGUAAAUGAAGAACUGAAUAAAAUUGUCAGUGACUUGCACAAUGCUAAAAUCGAUGUCCAUGAAGGGAAACGUCAGCAAAUGAAAGCAGAAACCUUGGAGAGCCUCAAACGACUGUAUCCUGAUUAUGUGUUUGGAAGACUGGUUGAUUUGUGUCAUCCUAUCCAUAAAAAAUAUCAACUUGCUGUCACUAAAGUAUUUGGCAAGUAUAUGACUGCCAUUGUUGUAUUUUCGGAAAAAGUAGCUAGAGAUUGCAUCCGUUUCCUCAAGGCAGAAAGAGCUGAGCCUGAAACAUUCCUUCCUUUGGACUAUCUUGAGGUAGAACCAAUCAAUGAACAGUUAAGAGAAAUAAAAGGAUCUAAAAUGAUGAUUGAUGUCAUACAGACCUCUUUUCCUCCACUGAAGAAAAUUAUUCAGUUUGUUUGUGGGAAUGGUCUAGUCUGUGAAACAAUAAAAGAAGCAAGGCAGUUAGCAUUUGAUGGUCCACAUCGCCUUAAAACAGUGGCUCUUGAUGGAACUUUAUUUUUGAAAUCUGGAAUAAUCUCUGGAGGCUCGAGUUCUUUGAAAAAGAAAGCCAGAUACUGGGAUGAAAAAGAGGUGAAUGAACUUAAAGACCAGAGAGAGAAACUGAUGAAUGAAUUAAAGGACUUACUGAAAAUUAGAAGGAAGGAAACCGAUUUAAAGUAUCUGCAGGCUCAAUGCCAAGGAAUUCAAACACGACACAAAUAUUCACAAAAUGAACUAGACGUUCUUAGAAAAAAACAUCUUGCUAAUUUCUGUAAGGAAAAAUCUAUGCUGGAAAGUGAAGUGGUAAAUAUUCAAUCACAGUGUUCCAUGCUGAAUGAAGGAGUGUUACAAAGAACUGCCAAAAUCGAUGAGCUCCAGAAGAAAAUUAAUGAGGUGGAAGACAAUAUUUUCCGUGAAUUCUGUGAAGAGAUUGGUGUAGAGCAUAUUCGUGUAUAUGAAAAAGAGCACAUACAACUGCAGGAGGAAAUUGACAAGAAGAGAUUUGAAUUUGAAAACCAGAAAACACGACUGAAUAUUCAGCUUGAAUAUAUUUGCAGCUUCUUAGAAAAGGAGAUGAAGAAGAACAGAGUGCUAGAGGAGAAUAUUCGCAAAGAUGAAGCUGAUAUCAUUCACCUGAAAAAGGAUGAGGAGAAUUGUCUACAAAUGGUAGAUAAAAUUAUGGCAGAACUCCAGCAACUUAGGAGAAGACAGGAUGAUAAUAAAAAUGAAGUUGCAGCAGCACAGAGUCAAGUUGAGGAAUCAAGGAAGAUAUUACUAACUCUAAAUAGAGAGUUGGCAACUCUACAAAAGGAAGCUAUAGCAAUUGAGACCUCGCUGGAACAGAAAAAAUUAGAAAGGCAUAAUAGGCUUCUUGAAUGCAAGCUUCAAGACUUAAGGAUAAACCUUCUUUUGGGAUCUUUUGAUGACAUUAGUGAAAUUGAGUUAGGACCUGAUACUGAAAGUAGUGAAAGGACAGCUGAUAUCUAUGAAAGAGAGCACUUAAUUCAGAUAGACUAUAGCAACCUUGCAGACGAGUUAAAGGACUUGGAGUCGAAUAAAGAGAUUGAGACUCAACUAGAACAACUUCAUCAGGAAAUAGCAUCUAAAGAAGAUGUUUUAUUAAAAACAGCUGCACCAAAUAUGAAAGCACUAGAGAGAUUACAUAUUGUUAGCGAUAGAUUUCAAGAAUCAGUUGACGCAUUUGAAGCUCGUAGAAGGGAAGCCAGAUUAUGUAGGCAAGAAUUUGAGAAAGUGAAAAAAAGGAGGUACGAGCUGUUCAGCCAGUGUUUUGAGCAUGUGUCAGUAGCUAUUGAUCAGACCUACAAGAAACUCUGCAGAAACAAUAGUGCUCAGGCUUUUCUUAGUCCUGAGAAUCCCGAGGAACCUUACUUGGAAGGUAUUGGUUUUAACUGUGUCGCUCCAGGGAAACGAUUUAUGCCAAUGGACAAUCUGUCAGGUGGUGAAAAAUCUUUAGCAGCUUUGGCUCUUGUGUUUGCAAUACACAGUUUUAGGCCUGCUCCCUUUUUCAUUUUGGAUGAAGUUGAUGCAGCACUAGAUAACACAAACAUUGGCAAAGUAUCAGACUUCAUUAGGCAACACUCUCAAGAGCAGUUCCAGAUCAUAGUUAUCUCUCUAAAGGAAGAGUUUUAUUCUAAAGCAGAUGCUCUAAUUGGAGUCUGUCCUCAGCAAGAUGAUAUUAUGUUUAGUCAAGUUCUGACCCUGGAUCUUACAAAGUACCCAGAUCCUGAGAAUGAAAGACGACAGAAACGCAAAAAGAAAUAAAAUUUGUAGUAGUUGGGGAAUGUUUAACUGCUACUUUAACUGAUUUGAAUGUUGCUAAUGAGUUGGUAAAUUCAGGUUGCUAAAGCAUUGGCUUUAAGUUUAAAACUAAGUUGAGAACUUGAAACAUUUGAUGUAAGACUGGUUGUUCAGCAUUAAGCUGUGUGAAUAUAGUUGUUCUAAAAGUUAAUAGCUAAAACAUGUAGUUUAAACUGGAAAGUAAACACAUGUAUGUGUAGUAGUCCAUGAUGUUCUUAUUUUAAGAAGGAAAAUGGUGGAGAAACAGGAUUGGCGAAAUAGCAAGCAAAUAUAGUGAGGUCCUUCUCUUACAACUUUACCACCAUCAAAAAAACAUAUAUUUGUAAAACAGGCAUGCACAAAAGUUCACAGGACAGCCAUUAGCCAGGUGAAGGGCAGCUUGAAAGGGGAGUUGGCACUAUGGGGAAGGGUUAAGCACACCCAUUUGAUUGUAUGUACACCAGGUUAUAGGGACACUGUCACACAAAUCUGCAAGCAAUUUCUGGUUUUGGCCUGGGUCUUUAUAGUACAAGUUGUGUCAUUUUUGGUGGUUUUCAACUGUAUGUUCACCUUGAUGACUUAAGUAUUAGGGCAGUGUCUUGUACUGGCAAAAACUUUAAAGCUAACAAAUAACAUUUACACUGUGAUCAUUUUAUUGUGUUUCUGAUUUAUGUUUUAGAGUGUUGAAAAAAUGUCUGAAAUGCCUAUUCUGUAUUUGGAAUUGGUGAAAUAAACUUGGUUCAAUUCUG